GUACCAAUCCACGUUACUUAGCUGCAGGAUCUUCCAAUGCUGUGAAACUGAGUCGUUUUUUUGAUAAAGUCAUAGAAAGAAGGUAUUUUUCACGGGAUGGUAAUCAGAUUCCUAGUUUUGCUGAUCGAAAACGUUUUGGAACAACAGUAUAUGUCAGGAUUUGGUAAUGAAUUUUCUUCAGAAGAUCCGAGCUGUCCUGGUUCCUUACCAGAGGGUCAGAAUAAUCCACAGGUUUGUCCGUAUGGGCUGUAUGCAGAACAACUGUCUGGUUCAGCCUUCACUUGCCCGAGAAACAAUAAUAAGAGGAGUUGGCUAUAUCGUAUUCUACCUUCAGUUGUUCAUCGGCCCUUUGCUUCUGUACAUCAGGGAAAUCUCUCUUACAAUUGGGAUGAAGUCAACCCUGAUCCCAACCAGCUCAGAUGGCUGCCCUUCAAACUGCAAAAGAAAUCGGAGAAGAUGGUCGAUUUUGUAACUGGCUUACAUACUAUAUGUGGAGCUGGCGAUAUCAGGUCUCACUGUGGCUUGGCUAUUCAUAUCUAUAUCUGCAACACAUCAAUGGAGAAUAAGAGUUUUUAUAAUUCCGAUGGGGAUUUCCUUCUAGUGCCCCAAAAAGGGAACCUCCUGAUCACCACAGAAUUUGGCAAAAUGCUGGUGGAACCCAACGAAAUUUGUGUCAUUCAGCAAGGCAUGCACUUCAGUGUGAAGGUUUUUGAAGAAACCAGAGGUUACGUUCUGGAAAUCUUUGGAGCACAUUUUGAGUUGCCUGAUCUUGGCCCUAUUGGAGCCAAUGGCCUUGCCAAUCCCAGGGAUUUCAAAGUUCCUGUUGCAUGGUAUGAAAACCAACAAAUUCCAGCAGGCUUUACUGUCAUCAACAAAUUUCAGGGGAAGCUUUUUGCUGCCCAGCAGAGUAUCUCUCCAUUUAAUGUUGUGGCCUGGCAUGGAAACUAUACACCUUACAAGUACAAUUUGAAUAACUUCAUGAUCAUUAAUAGUGUUGCAUUUGAUCAUGCAGAUCCUUCAAUUUUCACAGUGCUGACUGCUAAAUCAACUCGCCCAGGUGUGGCUAUUGCGGAUUUUGUGAUCUUUCCACCACGUUGGGGAGUAGCUAACCACACAUUCAGGCCUCCUUACUACCAUCGCAACUGUAUGAGUGAAUUUAUGGGAUUGAUUAAGGGUCAUUAUGAAGCAAAGGAACAGGGCUUCCUGCCUGGCGGGGCUAGUCUGCAUAGUAUUAUGACUCCACAUGGGCCAGAUGCUGAAUGUUUUGAAAAAGCAAGCAAGGCAGAACUCAAACCAGAACGAGUAGCUGAUGGGACAAUGGCAUUUAUGUUUGAGAGCUCUUUCAACAUGAGUGUCACCAAAUGGGGUCUGGAGACCUGCAACUGCUUGGACAAAAGCUAUUCAGACUGUUGGAAGCCUCUGAAAAAUAAUUUCAAUAUCAAAUGGAAGCUAAGUGACAAGUGAAACACUAACACAAAAGGAUUCAGAUCAGUCUGUGGCUACUGAGGGAAAAAAUUUCACCUGACUGACAGAUCAUUAGUUACCACUGAAAUAAUUACUGAUGUAAACAUAUGUAAGCAUGUAGGCAUGUAGAAAUCUUAACAGUGUUGAAUCAAAUAAAGUUAAAUGACUUGUAC